AUGGAAGUAGUUUUCACAAAAAAGUGGAAAACACUAAAGUUAUGGCUUUGCUUGGUUGCUAUCUAUGCCCUUUAUUUUGAGCAUUUCAGCAGAGAAGCGUUCUUGGCAGAAAAUAAAUACACCGUGAAAAUGUUGCAAAAUAUCGAGGAGUUCAAGCAGAAUUGGUGCCGAAUUCGUCAAGCAAGGAUAGAUUUACACUCUUUAUUAAAGCCUUGUAAUUAUAACAUUUCGUGGAAUGGAGACUCGCCGAAUCGCCUUCUUCAAACGGACGCUAGCCAAAGUUUUAUUUCAUUUUUUGACGUUCGACCCGCCGGUCAAUUUAGUCGUUUCAGUAUUCAAACCAAAGCUCGAAAUGGCAAACUAAAGCUUGCUGGGGGCGAUUCGUGGCGUGUUCUAUUACGCGGACCCGCCACAGUGUCGCCCACCGUUUUUGAUCACGGCAAUGGUACAUACGAGUUUUUGUUUCUUGUUAUGGAUCCAGGUGUCUAUAAGUUGGAUAUCACCCUGGAUUACAGCUUGUGUGAUGGAUACCGAGAUCCUCCUGACGAUUGGUUUAUCGUAGGUAAGUAAUGAUUGUAACGAAGUGUUUUAGUUCACACAAUAUGUUAACUGCUUAAAUGCUGAGAACUUUUAAAACAUCCACACACGGUUGCAAAGUAGUGUCGAUCCAAUCUUUUAGGUCAGCGUAUACUGACGUUGUGCACAUUAUGAAUAUGGCCUGGUAAAAUCGUGUUUUUUAAAAGAGUUGUCUUAAAUCAAAUUAGAAUCUCAGGGAUAAGGAAACAAACAAUUGAAAAUGAAUCGUAACAUAGUCAAGAAUCCCAUCUGGGAGGAGACAAAGGCGGAUUAUUUUACAAGCGUGGCCGAGGAUUUGAACUCGGGAUUACAGAGAACAAAUCUAGCUAGCGGUCAGGGUGGGACUUGAACUUACAAGUCCAGCGCUCUAACCGCUCGGCCACACGCCCUGCUUCCACUAUGUCUUCUUUUGCGGGACUUUUGGCGGUAAGGAAGUUUAGCCUUAUCGAUGGCUUAUAGAAUUUCAAGGUGAAAAUAGGGAAGUCCACAUUUUUAGGGUGAUAAAUGUUCAAUGCAUUAUAAGCUCAAUGUGAGGAGACUUUCGAUUACCUCCAUUUCAGUACCCCUUGCACAAAUCUUCGUUUACUGAACUAAAAAUCAUGGAUUGCGCCUUAACAAUCUAAUUGUGUUAUCCAGAGAUUAUUGAACUAGUAGUAGAUAUUGAGUAUCCCAGCGCACGAAGAAAAUCAAACAAGAGAUGCUGUCUUUUAUGAUUGGUAACCUGAACAUAAAACCUGUUUUUCUUACUGCCAGGGAAUUCUCAUGGUAAAUUACAAAGAAAUGGCUUUCUUGGCGUGAAUCGUGCUAGGGAUGACUACCUCCUUCAACCAUUCCAGAAAGGGAAACUGAUUAUGAUCAAUAUACCGAUGCCUACAAAUGAAGGUGAUACUCCUUUUUGAUAUUUGACUUUAAGUUACCACUCAGUCAGCUACCUCUUAACGGACACCUCUAUAAGAUAAGUUGACUCUCGGUAAGACGAACAUCUCUUUAGUGACGGUCCUAAAGGUGUCCUUAUUAGAAAGAGUUGACCGUAGAUAAUAUUAACAAUGGCUUGUGCCCCUGACCAAUGUGUAAUGUGAUCUGCAAAAGAAUAAACCUCCCUUUCAUUUACUGCUUUAAUCGAACUUCACCCGCGUCCUAGAAUCGAACAUCACUCCUACCGAACGCAUUUCAAGAAUGCUAGUUCUCGUACUCAACUCGCUUUUCCUCCCUCGUUUAUAAUUUGCUUGUUUGUCUCAGUUAUAACUGAAAUCGUAAUUCUCGCGUUGGAGUCUUCCUCAUGAAUUCUUAAAUUGUAACUCGUCGUAGCUGUCUCAUGUCUCAUUCGUAGUUGACCCGUACCUUACUCGUAGCACGCUGUUACUUUGCAGCUGCCUGGCCUUAUUUGCAGUUCACCCGAGACCUGCUCUUAGCUCACUCUUACAUUAUCUAACUCCUUUCAGUUUUUUCCUUACUCGUAGCACUUUCAUAGCGCACUCAUACACCUCCUUAACCUAGGGUAGUUUUCCAAGAAAUAACUUACAGCUAACUGGAAUCUUAACGAACACCAUAACUCACUCGCAUCUCAAUCAUAAAUAACAGGCCGGUGCUUAAGCCGCAACGACGACGAUGACGUCAACGAGAACGGCAAAAAAAUAAGCAAUAGGUUGAGAAGGUUGAGAUUGGCACUGAACAACAACUUUGCACGUGCAUCACGCUCUUGUGUAUAUUUCUUUCCGUCACUGCACGAUAUACGACGUGAAACUUCCUAAUUUCACGUGUUUUGGAGGACGUGAACACAAGACAACGAUUUUGUCUUUGUUUUUGUGAACUUAGAUACAGUACUUUAGAAUUCAACUCCAGAAAAAUCGCCAACAUUUGGCAAAUUAAAGGAGUUGGAAUAAGAGCGAUGAAGUUUGUAACAGCGCGAAUUCUCUUCCUGGGUGACGUUUUUUGCUGCCGUUACCGUCGUCGUUACUUAAGCUCCCUAAUAACUCGUAUAUAUCACUGGUGUUUCAAGCAUACCCUUUUUUUAGUCAUUAGUAUAGGUAAUAGCAUGACUUGUAGUGAUAUUUGGCAUAAAUACCACGAGUGAUAUUUUGAAAUUGUUAUACGGUAGGUAAUUUCACGAGCCUUUAGGCGAGUUAAAUUUGAGACAAUUUUGAAAUUUCACUCGUGGUAUUUAUGCCAAAUAUCACGUACAAAUCAUGCUAUUAUUUGUUUAUAAUACUACCCGCAAAAGGUUUGUAAUUUUCACAUGUAGGUAUUUCAAUUUGAGCUGAAAUACCACAGCUCUAAGCUAAUCAAAUUGGAGAAAUUUCUCAUGUAGUAGUAGAAAACAAGUAAUACAUGUAGUAUUGAUUUCAAACUGUUGACAGCGUGUUCUAUCCAUUUCCAUAGGAACGUAUUUAAUGAACAGGCUAUUGGAAAGUUCAGAUCCUUUAUCCAGUUUUGACUUGUCCUGCAGAAUCAAGUGCAACUUCAUGUGGGAUGGCUUCGGUCGUUGGUUGGGAAGAAAUUGGAAAUCUUUUCUCAGACGUAAGCUUAAUUAUAGUUGUAUGGUUUGUUCAAAAGUGCUAUCUUUUUUUUUCAUUAUCCCUGAAAAACCGCUGAGGAUUAAUAAUCGUAAUAAGUAUGUAUUCAUGUGUUAUUAUUAUUAUCGAAAUGCUUUAGCACGGGUGGAUGUUGUACCGACGUUACACCAAGAGAGCGAGCCAUGGCUAAUGGCCAAAGGUCCCUUGGGUUAGUUCUCCUCCCUUCAACUUUUCAGUACCUCCCUUAAAAUCUUUUCUCAAUUCCCAACAAAGCCGUUUUCUGCUGCAAACCCGUAUUAAUGGUAAUCCCCAGCUUGUCAAGCCAUGUAUCCAAUCUUUUGCUUACUGCACCGAGUGCACCAACCACUACCAGUACCACCUUCACACGUCUAAUACCCCAUAAUUUUCUAAUCUCCUUCUUCAGAUCUUGGUAUUUCUCAACCUUUUCACUCUGCUUUUCGUAAACUCUGUGAUCCCAUGGUGAAGCAAUAUCAGCAAUAAUUGCCUUGUUACUCUCUUUCUCAACAACAACAAUGUCAUGUCUUCAGGCAUUAUCAUCAUCAUCAUCAUCAUCAUCAUCAUCAUCAUCAUUAUUAUUAUUAUCAUUAUUAUUAUUAUUACCUUCGUUAGGUUAGUAUUUGAUUCACUUCAAUAAGAUGGACCUACAACUUCUUUGCAGAGCUGCCAACUUCAAUGACCAGAGGUACACUUAUGAAUGUUUCCAAGCUAGAAACCUUGUGGAUUUUUGGCGACUCGAACGCUGAAAGAAUGCAUGUGUCGAUAAAAGAUUUAUUGCUAUGCACAAAGGUCUUCAAGUCUUGUAAUUUGAGCAAAAUGUGGGUCUACCCAUGGCCAAGUGUUCAGCCAGUGGCCUGGGAUAACAAAGACUUUGAACCCCAACAAAUCCUUGAUCAUAUACGAGGAGUCCUGGAACGGCCAGAAAUGAAUAGUAAAAAGAGCGCCAUGAUCUUAAAUUUAGGACUUCACUACAUCGAGAGUACAAGCUUCACCAAUUAUAAGAUCCUUCUAAAUGGAGUUUUAAAUCUUCUGAACGAGAGAAACGCAGAGACUGGAGAGAUGAAGUACAAGACUCACGUGAUUUGGAAGACUACCACAUCUAUGAACAAAGAGAAAGACAUAGGAAGCCGGCUGAAGGCUGACUGGCAAAGAUUUCUUAAUUUACCGGUAAGUAACCUCGCAAUCCCUGGGGUAUAUACUGGGGCAGGUGGUGAAGCUUGACAAAGAGUUACCCCAAGGUCUUAGGGCUUCAUUUGCAUUGUGGAAUUGGGUAUACCACAUUGGCGGAUUUGGGUUUACUGUUAGCUUCGUACGAUAUUCCAUCCUCACUGCUGUGAAGACCUCUCAUUGAGCCAGACAAAUCAAGUCUGUGGAUGGAUUUGCUUUCUUUAGACUCAGUUAUUUUGAUUGUAGUGACUUGCAAUUGUUUUCCAUUUUCAUAUUCGAAGUCGAUUUUUUCGGAGACAUAUCUCAUGACAAGUGCUCAAAAAGCGUUUCGGAGCCUCCAAAUUUGAAACUUUUCUGGGAGAGGAUACUCCCAGACCCCCCUACAAGGCUCGUACCUUCGGCACUCGCGAUAAUGCCCCCCGCCCCCGUUACAAAAAAAACUAACUACGGCCCUGGGAUUAUACUAUAUUGGUUCAUAAAACAUUGUCUCUUUAGUUUGACUCCGUAAAACGCUGUAAAAGAAGGUCCUUUGUUUUUUCUGCUAGCCUCUUUGCUACUUCUAAUUGGAUUGAAUGACCAGAAAACAAGCCAUAAACUUUUAAUACCCGAGAGGAACAACCUCUCAUGUCUGAUGCAGUCAUAUUUGUUUCUUUUCAGCGAGUGCGUCUAUAUAAUGCUUUCGCAACGUCCCUUAUGUGCCAGGCUGGUCUAGAGGUCCUUGAUGUGUAUCCACUUACGAGAUCCUUCCCAGGGGGUACCGGGGGUCCUGACGUAGCACAUUAUAAGGAGCACGACACAGUACAUUUUAAAUACUAUGUUAUGAAACCGGUUCACCUAUUUUUAGAAGAUUAUUUUACGGAAAAAGUGCCUUCUCCUAUAAACCUUGAAAAUUACCACUUUUCUUAA